AGGUACCUACCUACUGAGGCUGAAGUCUGAAGAACUGAAUUCUUAUCACCAAAGAGCCACUCUUCUUUUCAUAUCAAAUUAAUUAGGUACCUACAUAAAGUUUUCAACGUGUAUUGCUUCAUUUCAUAAUACCUCCAUACUAAAAAUGCCGCACUUUCGCAUCGAAACUAAUGUUCCAAAAUCCAAAAUACCAUCAGAUUUUGUUGUAAAAGCAGUUCCAGUUUUGGCUAAAGCUCUUGGGAAACCAGAAUCGUAUUGUGUUGUGUCAGUUAUUCCUGACAUUCCCAUGAGUUUUGGUGGCACCAUGGAACCCUGCGCAAUUGCAAACCUUAUGUCUAUUGGAUCUCUUGGUGUAGAACAAAAUAAAAAACAUGCAAAGGUUUUGUUUGACUUGGUUGAAAAAGAACUGGGUGUGUCUCCAGACAGAAUGUAUAUAACCUUCCAAGAUGAGCCUACUGGAAAUGUUGGAUUCAAGGGCACUACAUUUCAUUCUAUUUUUGGAUAAACAAAAUCAUGUUUUUUUGUAUACAAUUGCCUUCUCUUUAUAUCCCCUCCUUGUAUAUUCCUAUAAAAUUAAAGAGGCUUUUAUAAUUGGAAAUUAAGAAUAAAUGUUCCCAUUGUUUUUUAUGUAUAAAACUAAUGAGAUUGUCUUAUUAUUGUUGUAAAUAAAAUAUUCAUUAUAGUA